GCCCCUCGGUGGCGCCGGGGCGCGGGGGAGCCGCCGCCUGAGCCCCGGGCCUGCCGCCUUGGACCCCGCGGCGCCUUGCGAGCUGACCGCCGAGUGUGCGAGAGACCGGGUCACAGCUUUCUUCCUCCCCCAGAUCUCAAGCAUACACCCCAGCCCCGGAAAAUGGGGAACUGCCUCAAAUCCCCGACUUCGGAUGACAUCUCCCUGCUUCACGAGUCUCAGUCUGACCGGGCUAGCUUUGGCGAGGGGACGGAGCCAGAUCAGGAGCCGCCGCCGCCAUAUCAGGAGCAAGUUCCUGUUCCCAUCUAUCAUCCAACACCUAGCCAGACUCGACUAGCAACUCAGCUGACUGAAGAGGAACAAAUCAGAAUAGCUCAGAGAAUAGGCCUUAUACAGCAUCUGCCUAAAGGAGUUUACGACCCUGGAAGAGAUGGAUCAGAAAAAAAGAUCCGAGAGUGUGUGAUCUGUAUGAUGGACUUUGUCUAUGGGGACCCGAUUCGAUUUCUGCCGUGCAUGCACAUCUAUCACCUGGACUGUAUAGAUGACUGGUUGAUGAGAUCCUUCACGUGCCCCUCCUGCAUGGAGCCAGUUGAUGCAGCGCUGCUCUCGUCCUAUGAGACUAACUGAGCCAGGGUCUCUCGUCUGACUUCAAGGGAACCAUCAGUUUGGUGGUUUUGAUCUUUUGUCACUGAGCCCAAAGAGCCAGGGAUUAGGAAUUAAGAUCAUGCACAAAAGUUUCCUAAAAAUUCCUGGAUGGCUGCAGAUGUUGAGGAAAGUAUGUGAUAUUUUAGAAAUUUAGGGGGAAAGUAGGAUGGAUGGUAUUUUUAUGUAAAGCCUUGACCCAGUGUUUAAAGUAUAAUUGUUAUUAGACCUUGUUCUUGCUCCAGUACAUAGGAAUUGUGUAAAGUGUUACAGCAACUGGACAUGUUUAAACUGUGUGUGUUGAAGCUUAGGAAAAAGAUAGUUGUUAUUUUUCCUAAAUGAAGUAAGUUUCUUCUCCCACCCAAAUUCUUUUCUGAAAAGUUACUGACAUUUGGGUCAAGGUUUUAUUAAAAGCUACAUUUUAUAACACUGGCACAAAAAAAGUAGUUUUAAGCUUGUUUGCACAGUUCUUUUUUUCCAUUGGAAAUGGAAUUCAUUGCCUUAGGUCUUUUUAAAUAGUGUAUUAUUAUCGUUGGGGCUGGCUCUAUGCUUGAAAACCAGUUUAUUUAUAACCUGUUGUAAGUGCUAUAUUCUGUUUGCAGUUAGGAAAUGCAGAAUUCAAAGUGAUCUCCUAGCUUGUAAGCAAACUGAGAUGCACUAUCCCUUUUCUAUUAAAAAUGAGUUGAUGUGUCAGGAAACAAGGCUAGCAAAGUGGAUUUGAUAUCCCCUUCCUUGUGUGUCUUAUCUUAUUGUUUUGGUUGUUAAUAUGGUGAUAAUUGAAAGUCGUUGAAAUUCAAAUAUUAAUAUUUCUGAUGUGUUGAGCUUUGACCUAUGCCACCAUGCUUAUGUAAAAAUGAAGGUGGCACCAUGAUGACACUUAGAGAAAUAGUUUCUCAGCUGUGACAGUUUUGAUUCUCUUUCCUGUGACCUCUUUCCCCACAGUCUGGAACCAUAGCAAAAGGAUACUGCAUCUCGUUACUGUUGUGCUGAGGUUAUUGAAGUUACAGAAACACAUCUAAUCUAGUCUGUUUCAUAGAAAAGUAUCUCUUAAGUCUUGCUAGGUGACUGACAGGAAAGGCAAAUGUGUUAUGUUUUGCACACCAAUGCAGCAGGAUUUGUAUAACCACAUGACUUCAUAGUUGUGAUCGCAAAGGAACUUCUUUACUUUUUCUUGCAAUUAAUGUAAGAAUACUCUAAAUCUCUACACUUCUGAAGGAUUAGAGGUAGAAAUGGUCUAGUAAAGAUGUAAUGUUUUAUCCAUUUAGCAUGUGUUUAUUUUUCCUUAUGUUCUCAAGGUGAUUUGUUCCUUCCACUCAGUGACAUUGUAGUUAAAAAAUGAUGAGCAGAAGCGCUCUCCACUUUACAAAUGAGAAAUGUUCUUUUAUAUUGUGUUGAGUACUUGACUAACACUUUUUUACAUACAAAAGUUUCUUGAAGGUUCUUCAUAAUUGUGUUAUAGAAGAAAUUAUGUCAAAUAGUUAAUUGACAUUCAGUUGAAGCAUUCAUACAUUGCUUAGUUUCCCAGUGGAUCCCAUGAUGGAAAUGAAAUACUUAAAUGAAAUUGGAAAAUACUGAAAUUAGAUUAUCAGGUUCUGUUAAAUUGUCUCGUAUAUCUUGCUUAAUUUCUGUUCAUUAAUUUAUAUCCAUCCAAUUAUAAAGUAAAUUUGGAGGAAACAGCUGAAGUUGUGCUAUAUUUUUAGUGAUAAUUCUUUUUAAAUGUUUUCUAACUAUACACUUGUAUGUCAUCAAGUAUUACAGUCAGACUUUUAUCCUAGGUUCUCAGAAUUUGUAAAUGUACUUUUCCCAGUCCUUCAUGUUGCAGUCUUUGGUAAGAAUAACAACAACAACAAGAACCCCUUUUGUCUCAGGAUAGUACCAAACUGAGUGCUUGCUCUUGGGUGAUUCCUAUUCUUUUUAACUUUAUUUUGCACAUAACUAUGUUAAGAACCAUCAAUUUUUGGGCAUCUACCUAAUUGUUAUAAUUAACCAUGAAGGGUUUAAAGUUAAGAGUUGUUUACAUGUUCUCCAGUAAACACACACACACACACACACACACUCACACACUCACUCACUCACUCUUAAUUGGUUUUCUUUUAUACACACACAAAGUAUUUACUGUUCUGUUUUUCUAUGUGUAUGUCAGGAAAAAUAAGCAGGUCACUUUAGGGGCAACUUUUACAUAAUAUUAAGGAGUCAGACUUUAUCCCAAAUCAUUUUCUUUACACAUCAGUUAACGCUUAGGGAAGUAUUUUUCAUUGCUUUGUAUUUACUAUGAUUUAAACACACACUUAGAAAGCUUUACUGGACACGCUGGAUAGCUUUAAAGUUUCCCAAAGCAGGUGUAACAUGUUUAGAAAUGGGCAAGAUUUGUUCCAGUGUGGCUGUGGGAUUUGAAAUGUCUAGAAAGCCUAACCAAGGAAGAGGGGGAAGGGAGGUUUAUCGAACUGUUUGGAUAUACUUUAAAUUAUAUUUACAUUUGUGGUGGUUUGAAUAUGCUUGGCCCAGGGACUGCCACUGUUAGCAUGUGUGGUCUUGUUAGAGUAGGUGUGGUCUUGUUGGAGGAAGUGUGUCACUGUGGGGGUGGGCUUUUGAGACCUUCCUCCUAGCCAUGUGAGAGCCAAUCUUCUGUUUGCCUUUGGAAUUAAGAUGUAGAACUCUCAGCUCCUCCAGAGCUAUACCUGCCUGAAUACUGCCAUGCUUCCCACCAUGAUGAUAAUGGAUUGAACCUCAGAACCUGUAAGCCAGCCCCAAUUAAAUGGUGUCCUUUAUAAGAGUUUAUAA